ACACACCCUUACCCCGUUAAAUUCAUUUGGGCAUUGUCAUUACGGUUGGAACCAACUAAACUAAAUAAACCACCUUGAAUUUGAAGAGUUUAAAGGUUUGGGUGAAGUCAAUUUUAUGAGUCAAAUUGAUUGCUACUGUUAUUUCCCCUUCAAAAUUUGUUUUCCACCGUCAACCAUUCCAAUGGAUUUUCAAUAAUCAAUAACGGGUUAACUUUUGUAUUUUCAUUUUUGUAACCUGGUAUUGAGAUUAUAGAGUGACAAAAAAUGAAGUUGGUUCCGAGAGAAAUAGAGAAAUUAAUGCUCCAUAAUGCUGGAUAUUUGGCUCAAAAACGUCUUGCCCGAGGACAACCUCUUAAUUAUACUGAAGCUGUUGCUCUUAUUGCAACUCAGGUCUUAGAAUUUGUCCGUGAUGGAGAUAAGAGUGUCGCCGAGCUGAUGGAUAUGGGGAGACAAUUACUGGGAAGGAGACAAGUUCUUCCAACUGUUCCUCAUCUGUUGGAUAGUGUUCAGGUAGAGGGGACCUUUCCAGAUGGAACAAAAUUAAUCACCAUCCAUGACCCUAUAGCAUGUGAAAACGGAAAUCUGGAUCUAGCUCUGCACGGUUCUUUCCUUCCUGUUCCUCCUCAAGACAAGUUUCCAGAGAUAGAAGAUAGUAAAAUUCCUGGUCAGAUGUGCUUUGGAGGUGGACUUAUUGUCCUUAAUCCUCAAAGAAAGGCUGUAAUUCUCAAAGUCACUAAUACAGGUGACAGACCAAUUCAGGUUGGCAGCCACUAUCACUUUAUCGAGGUCAAUCCAUCCUUGAUAUUUGAUCGAAGGAGAGCGCAUGGCAUGCGUUUAAAUAUACCUGCAGGAACAGCUAUGAGGUUUGAACCAGGAGAAACAAAGAGUGUUGUUCUUGUUAGGACUAGUGGCAAACAAGUGAUCAGAGGAGGCAAUGCAAUUGCUGAUGGUCCAGUUCAUGAUGCAAAAGUUAUGACAGUAAUGGGAGCUCUGAGUGAUGGAGGAUUUGGUCAUUUGGAAGAACCAAAUGCAAGGGAAGGUGUUGUAGGAGAAGAAUCUUGCUUUUCUUUUUCAAUGUCUCAUGAGGCAUAUGGCAACAUGUAUGGCCCCACCACUGGAGACAGAAUACGCCUAGGUGAUACUGAUCUAUUUGCUGAGAUUGAGAAAGACUUCAGUGUCUAUGGUGAUGAGUGCGUGUUUGGGGGUGGAAAAGUUCUAAGAGAUGGAAUGGGUCAGGCAUGUGGAUAUCCUUCAGCAGAUUGUUUUGAUACUGUUAUAACAAAUGCUGUAGUGAUUGACUAUACAGCGAUUUUCAAGUGCGAUAUUGGAAUUAAAGAUGGUCGUAUUGUUUCCCUUUGUAAGGCAGGUAACCCAGAUGUCAUGGAUGUUGAUACGGUAAUUGGGGUUAACACUGAGGUUAUUGCUGGCGAAGGAAUGAUUGUAACAGCUGGAGCUAUAGAUUGUCAUGUGCACUUUAUAUGCCCUCAACUGGCAUAUGAGGCAAUAUCAAGUGGAAUCACUACAAUGGUGGGAGGUGGUACAGGGCCUGCUCAUGGGACACGUGCAACCACGUGUACACCGGGGCGUGUGCACAUGGAAUUGAUGUUGCAGUCAACAGACGAAAUUCCCCUAAAUUUUGGUUUCACUGGAAAAGGUAACAGUUCCAAGGCUGAUGGCCUGCAUGAAAUAAUCAAAGCUGGAGCAAUGGGCCUGAAGCUUCAUGAGGACUGGGGAACUACCCCUGCUGCUAUAGACAGGUGCCUAGCUGUUGCAGAUCAAUAUGACAUUCAGGUCAGUAUCCAUACCGACACCUUGAAUGAAUCUGGAUUUGUUGAGCAUACAAUUGCUGCUUUUAAAGGUCGCACCAUACAUACAUACCACAGUGAAGGUGCUGGUGGUGGACAUGCUCCGGAUAUAAUCAAAGUUUGUGGUGUAAAGAAUGUCAUUCCCUCAUCAACCAAUCCAACACGUCCAUUCACUUCGAAUACUGUGGACGAGCACCUUGAUAUGCUGAUGGUAUGCCAUCAUCUUAACAGGGACAUCCGAGAGGAUGUAGCUUUUGCUGAAUCGCGGAUUCGGGCUGAAACAAUUGCUGCAGAAGACAUUUUGCAUGAUAUGGGAGCAAUUAGCAUUAUAUCUUCUGAUUCACAAGCCAUGGGUCGAAUUGGAGAGGUGAUUUGUAGAACAUGGCAGACUGCCCACAAGAUGAAGUCAUUUAGAGGACCAUUGGACAUUAACGGGUCAGACAACGACAAUUUCCGGAUCAAACGAUACAUUGCAAAAUACACUAUAAAUCCAGCUAUUGCUAAUGGGAUCUCUCAGUAUGUCGGAUCAGUUGAGGUAGGGAAAUUAGCCGAUCUUGUGGUGUGGAAACCCUCAUUUUUUGGGGCGAAACCAGAAAUGGUGAUCAAAGGAGGGGUAAUAGCUUGGUCAAAUAUGGGAGACCCAAAUGCUAGCAUCCCAACUCCUGAACCGGUGUUAAUGAGGCCUAUGUUUGGAGCAUUCUCCAAGGCUGCAAGUACUAAUUCAAUUGCUUUUGUCAGCAAGGCAUCUCUGGAUGCUGGAAUAAAAGACUCGUAUGGACUAAACAAGAGGGUGGAAGCUGUAAGUAAUGUGAGAAAUAUCAGUAAACUAGACAUGAAGCUCAACAAUGCACUUCCUGACAUCAAUGUCGAUCCCGAGACAUACACAGUGACCGCGGAUGGAACAGUCCUUACGUGCCCGCCGGCUACUACUGUACCACUCUCUAGGAACUAUUUUCUUUUCUAGUGGUAACUGUUUGUACUCCAAUAGUUUCGGCCUAGACUAAAGAAGACUAAGUUAUUACAAAAAUGUCAUUAAUGAGGCAAGGCCUUGUUUGGCUAGUUAGAUGUUGGCUUGGAAUCCGAAAUGUCUCUCCCUUGCACAAAUAGCCAUCAUCCAAUCCUCAAGCUUGCAAUUGCGACCAUAUGCAUGUAUGUCCCUUCUUUGCAUGUUUGGCCACUUUUGCAUUUCUACCCCUUUGCACAUCUAGCCACUUUUGAGUGUUGGCUUUCUUUCUUGCCCAAGCCUUGCCCAAGCUACCUUCCAUACGUCGUAAGCCAUCUUGUGUGGCUUGUAGGAGCCUCCAAAGGCCUCAAACGACUUCCUCAUCCUCCAUAUAGCUUGUAGAGCUUGAAGUCUCAUAUCUCGUCCUUGAAUGUACCUCUUGAAAUGAGGUGUGCCAAGUAGGAUCAUAUCAUAAGGCAUCUGCACAAUUGAACAAAUUUUCUUUUUCCACUUGGAUGUAAUGUUUUUAAUAAGCUUCAAUGCUUACUUUUCCCCUUA